AUGUCGGUUAUCGCCCUUAUCGCAGCUGGUGCAAUGGGAGCCGCCGUUGGGCGCAAACUGGUCGAGGCUGGUAACACCGUCCUGACGAACCUCGAAGGCCGCUCCGAUGCGACACGUAACCGGGCCGCAGAGGCUGGCAUGAUCGACGCCUCUUGGGCGGACAUCGUGCAAAAGGCAGAUAUUCUUCUGAGCAUCAUUCCACCUAGGGAGGCGAUGGCAUUGGCAAAACGCGUCCUGAACGAGGUCACUUCCACGCCAACAGCAGAAAAACAGCCUCUCAUCUUUGCGGACUGUAACGCGAUCAAUGUGGACACGGUCAAGACCAUCGCAGGGUUGUUUGCAGACGCUGCUGUCGUUUUCAUCGACGGUUGCAUUAUCGGGGUCCGCCUUCAGAUUCUGGCAACUACGUCCCCACUUUCUACGCGUCUGCGGAUCCUAAGGACGAACCAAGCUUAA